AUAUAAGAUUCAGUAACUAAUGCAGUUAGUACUAUUAUUUCUAAAUAUGUCAUCAGGUAGUACUUCCUUAAAAUUGUACUGAUCCCAAACUGCCAAUCUGCUAUGCGUUUUAUUUAAAAAUCUCUAGCAACUUCAUGACCACUGGCGAAAUGCUUAAUAUCUAUUGCUUAGUUUUUGUAAAAGGAAAAACUGACAGUUAGUUCUGUUGAACUUGACUCGGGAACUGGCUUUCAAAAGUGCCACAUCACGUCCUCCUGUUAAGGGAAGUAAUAGUGAUAUAAAUCUACAUGUCAGUUGCAUAUUUUAGGUAAACGCUGCAAAAAAGAGAAGCUUGGUCGGAAUAUAGCAUACAGCAAUAUCGCUAAAGUCGCACUGCAGGUGUUCUGGGCUAAUUUAGCAGAUAGGUGUUUUUAACUGUCGGUCUAGUGUUUAUUAUUAUUUGUAACGUCUUCGGUGUCUGUGCUAUUGCUGGAGCCGGUCAGAGCUUGAAAUGUUCGCUCUAAGUUUAGAUAUUCGCACAGAGGUGGGGCUGCCUUGUCACACUUUCCACACUGACACUGUUGUUAAAACGGUCCGUCACAUUGUAGUAGUGUCGCUUUAAAUGCGGGUUGCGUAGAUCCUUCAUGAAUGAAACCAUGUGAUCCAAACAUCAUUUGACGUCUGGCGCCUCCGACCAUAGACUAAAACAAGCGAGGAAGAAGUGGACAUAUCUAGAGACGUGUGAGAAGGCGUGAGCGGAAAACACAUUUCUCCAACUGUCUGCGCUCGUCCACACCGGGACCACCAACCAUCGACGAACCGCAACCUUCGCUGGGCGAAAGGCGCCGCUCGGACUUCUGGUCUGUUCAGAAGAUCAAGGCUCUUGUGGCAUGACGACGACUAACAAAGGAAAUAAAGCCUUGAAGGUGAAGCGUGAGCCGGGGGAGAAUGGCACCAGCCUCACGGACGAGGAGCUGGUCACCAUGUCGGUGCGGGAGUUGAACCAGCACCUCCGCGGGCUCUCCAAGGAGGAGAUCCUGCAGCUGAAGCAGCGGCGGCGCACCCUGAAGAACCGCGGCUACGCCGCCAGCUGCCGGGUGAAGCGCGUGACCCAGAAGGAGGAGCUGGAGAAGCAGAAGGCGCAGCUGCAGCAGGAGGUGGACAAGCUGGCCACGGAGAACGCGUCCAUGCGCGUGGAGCUGGACGCGCUCAGGUCCAAGUACGAGGCCCUGCAGACCUUCGCCAGGACCGUGGCGCGGAGCCCCACCGUGGGGGUCGGCGUCAGAGGCGGAGGGGGCGGAGGAGGGGGCGGGGUGGCCUCCUCCGUCAUCGGCCCGCUCAUACCGGGGAAGGUGGCCACGGCCACCAGCGUGAUCACGAUAGUGAAGUCCAAGACGGACGCGCGGUCUUGAGGGGGGGGCAACGUUGACGCGGGUUCCGCUGCAUCCAUUUCUGAUCCUGCGUCCUCGCCGGCGCCCCCACCUCUCCUCCACCUGCACUGACGACGCCGUCGCCUGUCUUGCAUCAGUGCAGAUGAAAGAAAGGACUAUAAAGAUGCAGUCCCUUGGUCAGCGCGUGAUUGAGCACAUACACAGGGUUCCCACGGGGCAAAGAACUGCAGAAUUUUAGGCCGGGCAAAAACAAACACCCUAAAAGGCUGAAUACGUUUGGAUCAGUGGCCGUUCAGAGGCUUAUAAUGAGAUGUAUGUACAAUACUGACAUCACACAAACAAGCAGAUUCUAAAUCACACGUUCAAUUUAAAAAUCCGAUCAGGAACAAGGUUUUGUGGAUUCCCACAAUAGGUCCCGGAGUUCCAAAAGAAUAUAAUUCGUGAGAAUUUUUCGUGAGCUGCUGAUUUCAGUGGCUCGCUCCACACAGCCAAGAACUUCUCCCGCAAAAUACUACAGAAAAAUAUAUGGUGGUACCUGUAUUUCUACUGUUUUGUACUGUGUUGUCAUUCACAUGAGGUCCAAAGUGUAUUCUCUGUGUGUGAAUUGUUAUAUUAUCAGGAAUUCUGUGAAAUUCUGUGACACGUGUUUGUUUUGGUAUUGCUAUAUUUAGUUAGCUGUAUUUUUCUAUGGUCUUUUUACUUUCUAUGUUCGACGCUCUCUCACCUAGCUGUUCUUUUUCUGUCCUGUAUUCCAGUUCCAGCUGGCUUCCAAUAUCGCAUACAAUACUUGCGUCUAACGGUAAAAAGAGGGACAAGGCGAUUCAUAUUUACCAAAAAACACAAUAUACUAUAGAGAUAAAAAGGAAAGCGAUUGAAAGACACUGACUUUAUCUCAGAUGUCAAGAAACUUCAGGGAAAUGAUGGUCUGAACGCCGGGAGGGAAUUAAGUUGGCUGCGGUUUGAGUUCCACUCAGUGUAAUCGUGACAUCUGGAAGGUCGAGUGCCUUGGUCCUCCAGUGAUGUGCAUCAGGACAAAGUCAGGAGGUCGUGGAGGGACGGUGGAGAUUCAGCCUAUACAGAAAGGCUGAGGUCUGCUGACAGCAUUUAUCUCUCACUGUGCAUUGUGUAGUAGCCAUCACGGUUAAUAUUAACCACACUCGUUCAUGUAACGUGGCAUUUUGUUCACUAACUAAAAGACUUGACUGUGUUUACCCUCAUUUUCCUGUACAGAAAAUAUUUUUUGGGGAAGCCCUGUUCGAUUCGACGCUAACGACGUGCUUUUGAUGUUCCUGAAUCUGUUUGGCUCCUCGCUCCAGGUGAAUCUAGGUUGUUACACCUCCGGCAAACGUUUUGCUUCAGACAAAAAGCGGUUUAGGUUUCAUUUCUCUUGUUUUUAACCACAGCGCUCGCUUCGCCAGUGCAGAUGUUUUGUUUUGUUUUUUUGUUUUUUUUACCAGCACUGCAGUCAACUGGCGAUGAAUAACACAGAUGUUUCUCUGAAAUUCCAGUUGCACAAAUGGGCUCUGAUUUUACACAAGCUUUACCAUAAAAAGUAGUGGUGUGUGCUAUUGUGUACUCAAAGAAUCUUUGUCUAUGUACGGUAGAGUCUGGAGUUUUAUAAAGACAAUUAUCUUUGCAUUGUUUGUAUUGACCUGUAAAAAAGGUAUAACAAAAAUCUGUUUGAUAUACAGUAUCUCUCUAUUUUGCAAUUGUACCAAAAGUGGCUUAACUACUGAAUAGCUUUGUUUUUUUCUCUAGUGACUAGGCACGUGUGUGUUACCGUGAACUAGUGUGUGCUGUGUAGGUAUGUGACGAGGUAACUAUAAUGUUCACUAUUUCAAGAUGACUUUGAUCCUUGUUUGAUUUCAAGCCAACGCGGGUGAUGACACCGUGAGUAACUGCACUCUUGCUCUAAUCAUGAAAUCGUGGUCCUCCUGGCCCUGUUGUUCCGCUGCAGCGCUGCAGACGUGUUCAGACUGUUUGUUAGGCUGCUCCUCGUCGACACUUAGGAUUUGGAUGUUUUAGGUUUGGUGAAGCCCUUUUCUGUAUUUCUCGACAGGCCUGUGUUGGCUUGUUGUGGUCCUUUCAUUGUUAACGGUGGGACAGAUAAUGUGACUGAUGAGACAAAGUGUUAUCAUGAACCUCACAGGCUUAACGAUGUUGUGUAUUCAGGUCCGCUAGCAACACACUCAACAAUGGGCCUUUAUGGCUGAAUCGCUCUCACUCCCUCAGUAAGUUAUUUUAUGUAUUAUAUGUGUGUGUGUGUGUGUGUGUGUGUGUGUGUGUGUGUGUGUGUGUGUGUGUGUGUGUGUGUGCGUGUGUGUGUGUGUGUGCGUGCGUGUGCGUGUGCGUGUGUGUGCGCGCGCAUUAAGGACAUUUGUUUUGGUUGUACAUAUUUAAUGUGGUUAUGUAUAUUUAAUGUUCUUCCUGUUUUAUUUGUUUUUGAACUGGUCUGUGUCAGGGAAUAUUGUUUGUUAUUGUAUUCGGUGUUUAAUGAAGUGAAAUAUUCUAUUCUGCUAUUUAAUGGUUUGUCUGUCAAGCAGUGGGGUUUUCUUCUGUUUUCUGUUGUAACUAAUGAAAACCCGACUUCUGUUUUAAUUUUCCUGAAAUAGAAGCAGUUCAUCAGAACUUAACAUUCAUGCAGCCUUUUACCUGAACUGACACUUUCCACUGUGAGGAAAAAGGGGCUUUCUCUCCCUGCAGUAGGUGCAGUAAGAUCAGUUAGGUGUGUCCUCACAUGUCCCCUACACUGACAUGCAGUCAAACAGCUGAACGAUGAGUAAAUGUGCCGAAAGGGAACGGGUUCAUUGAUUUUUCACAUUGAUAACCAUUGGUAUGUUCAGUUAACCUUUAAACCGGAGAUGUGCAAAUGUCAAAUUAAAAUGUCUGAUGCUUUUUUGUCAUUUAAAAAGAUUUUUAUCACAGGAGCAUAUUUCAUGGUAUUGAGCCGAAACUAUAUACUAUACUAUAUCAUGUAUUUCUUGAUAUUUUUAAGCAUUUGUCUUGUUUUCUAUGUGCAGAAUGCUAAUAUCAUCCUCUGCUGAUUUCUUUUGGAGCAUUCUUGGUCCCUCUGUUGCUUCCUGUUGAUCUCUGAUUAUAGACUGAUGUUUUUAUAGUUGUCUUUAACAGGCCGUCUGUGGGGUGUGUGGUCUUGUAGGUAAGAAAUUAGGACAAAAUACAACCUGCAUUCAUGCUCUGUGACGCUGCUCAUGAAACGAUAUAAUGCCACCUACUUCCUGUGUUCUUACUCUGGUUUAAAAAAAAGGACGUAAAGAGUGAAAACAAUAGUGUUGACAUGGGGCUGCGGUAGCAAAAAUGAACUCCUGCCACACAGGAUCGCUCUGUUCCAUUUUAUUAUAACAGCAGGUACAGUAUGAUGUGACAAAAUGAAAGCGCUCAUAUACAGAGUGAUUAAUAAUUAUUAAUGUUAGUAUCGGUUUGUGAAAUCCGGUUGUGGCUUAAAAAAUGACUGUGAAAAGCUAAAUUGACCCGACAUUUCCUACAUAAGAUGAGGUGAUAGGAUGCAAAAUCCACCGUAGCUGUUGUGCAAGUCAGUCAAACACCACUAUCUUUGUCUUCCAAGCUUAAAUAACCUCUGGUUGUAGCAUUUCUCCUGUACGGAGCAGUGUUUGGUCUCUAAGCGGUUCACUCAGCAGACAUGAUCAGCUGACAACACUGACCUUUUUAUGAGACGGGGCUUGAUGCCUUUUCAUACCACACUUUAUGAGCUUGUGAGACACGCUGACCUUAUUUUCCGCUGCCUGUACAGGGGUCGUACCCUCCUUAUGAAAAGGCGUUUCAUUGUAAACUUAAGCCACUCCUAAACCGCAUCUAUAAAUAUUUUACAGGGCAGAAAGGAGUGGUCUGAUGAGACUCUUAACCUGUUCCCCUUUCUACUUAUCCUAUCCCUUUGUCUUACAGAGUUUACAGUGUCUGACUGUAAAAGGCUUUGUGCAAAUCAUUAACUCCUUAUCUUGCUGCUCGACCAGUCAACCAGUUUGUUUUGCUGUUUAGUGAAUCAUGCCACCAGACCCUAAGAGCCCUUUCACCCACCUCCAAUGACGAUUGAUGACAGCAAAUGAGUAUAGGGAUUUGAUCAAUAAUAAUAUUUGUGCCCGCCUACUGUUUUUUCUUACACCUCCAUUCAUCAGCUGUACAAUCUAUAACGUCACAUGUCACCCAGAGUUCAGGUACCGCUACAUUAUUGUUUGGUUCUUUCCCAUAACCGACUUUCUAAUUUGACAUUAAUUUACAUUAAUUAGUGUGUCUGCUGGUGAGCAUUCGGCCAGGUUGCUCAUGGGAGCUGGGAUAUUUUUAUGUUUCUCAAAGUAUAUACUGUAAUGUUCUAUUUAAAGCUAUAGAAAGCUAGUGAGUUUGUGUGAAUAUGGCGUAGCCUGUUCAGAAAAGCCCUUGUAAUAGAAAAUCCUGUGUUUUGUAAUAUUUCUGUAUGGGGUGUAAUAAAUUAUUCUACAACAGUACUUUCUAUGGGAAAAUACUUAAAAUGUGACAGUCUUUGUAAGUAUGUAUCUUCACCUAAAUUAUUGUACUUUUUUUGCAAUUUGUAGAUACGUAAGUGAUGAUGAAAGGAUAUUGGUAUAAUCAUGAAAUUAACUGUUUCAUCAUCGGUCUAAUGCAUCUUUUAAUUUAUUGAUGUAUAUAGUGUAUGUUUGUUGAUAAACAGCUUACUUUAUUUUGUAUAUGACCAAUAAACAUGUUUUAAAAUGCAAAA